AUGGCCGACGGCUUGAACAUGGGAGGGCUUACCCUCAACGAAUCCCAGCAUGCGCCUGCGCCUGGCGGUAACCCUUCUGGUGGUGGCCGCGCCGCCUAUAUUCCUCCCCAUCUCCGCGGGCGCCAGGGUGCCAAUGCUGAUUCCGCUCCUCCUCCUUCUGCUCCGAACACGUUCAAUGGUCCUAGAGGAGGUCCCCGUGGUGGCAACUGGGCCAACGCCAACGCUCCUGAUUUCAGCCCCCGCGGUCCCAAUGGUCCCAAUGCAGGACAUGGAGGCGGCUACGCUGGUGCCUCAGCCCGUGGCUCCGGAGACGGCCAGUGGCGCGACGGCAAGCACGUUCCUGGUCCCGCCAACGCUCGCCUUGAGCGCGAACUUUUCGGUGUUCCCAACGAUCCCACCAAGCAGAGCACCGGUAUCAACUUUGCCAACUACGACGACAUUCCCGUCGAGGCCUCCGGUCAUGAUGUGCCCGAGCCCGUCAACACAUUCACCAACCCUCCCUUGGACGACCACCUCAUUUCAAACAUCAAACUCGCCCGCUACCAGACCCCCACCCCCGUCCAAAAGUACUCGAUCCCCAUUGUGAUGAACGGUCGUGACCUGAUGGCUUGCGCUCAAACCGGUUCCGGAAAGACAGGUGGUUUCCUUUUCCCCAUCCUGUCCCAGGCUUACAAGAACGGCCCUGCCGCCGCCCCUGCUCAAGCAGCUGGUCAGUACGGCUACGGCCGCCAGCGAAAGGCUUACCCUACCUCUUUGAUUUUGGCGCCCACUCGCGAGCUUGUUUCUCAGAUUUUUGACGAGGCCCGCAAGUUCGCCUACCGCUCCUGGGUUCGCCCCUGCGUUGUUUACGGUGGUGCUGAUAUCGGCUCCCAGCUCCGCCAGAUUGAGCGUGGAUGCGAUCUUUUGGUUGCUACCCCUGGUCGUCUUGUGGAUCUUAUUGAGCGUGGCCGCAUCUCUCUUGUUAACAUCAAGUACCUGGUUCUUGACGAAGCUGACCGCAUGCUGGACAUGGGUUUCGAGCCCCAAAUUCGUCGCAUCGUCGAGGGCGAGGAUAUGCCCAAUGUCAAUGAUCGCCAGACUCUCAUGUUCUCAGCCACCUUCCCUCGGGAUAUCCAAAUGUUGGCUCGUGACUUUUUAAAGGACUAUGUUUUUCUGUCUGUCGGUCGUGUUGGAUCUACCUCUGAAAACAUCACACAAAAGGUGGAAUACGUCGAGGAUCACGAUAAGCGCUCUGUCCUGCUCGAUAUCCUUCACACUCAUGGCAGCACUGGUCUUACGCUCAUCUUCGUCGAGACCAAGCGCAUGGCUGACGCCCUGUCCGACUUUCUCAUCAAUCAGCGCUUCCCUGCUACUGCCAUUCACGGUGACCGUACUCAGCGUGAGCGUGAGCGUGCUCUUGAAAUGUUCCGCUCUGGUCGUUACCCCAUCCUAGUCGCCACUGCCGUCGCUGCUCGUGGACUUGAUAUCCCCAACGUUACCCACGUCAUCAACUACGAUCUCCCCACCGACAUCGACGACUACGUCCAUCGUAUUGGUCGUACCGGUCGUGCUGGUAACACAGGUAUCGCUACUGCGUUCUUCAACCGUGGCAACCGUGGCGUCGUACGCGAGUUGAUUGACCUCCUCAAGGAAGCUCACCAGGAGGUUCCCUCCUUCUUGGAGAGCAUUGCCCGUGAAGGCAGCGGAUACGGCGGUCGUGGAGGCCGUGGAGGCCGUGGCCGUGGCGGCAACGCUAGUCGUGACGUUCGUCGCGUGGGCGGAAACAUGGGUGGACCUCCCUCCUUUGGCAGCGGUGGUGGCUAUGCCGCCCCUGCCAGCAACUACGGCGGUGGAAGCUACGGCGGUGCUCCCUCUUACGGCGGUGGUGGUGGGUACAGCGGCGGCUAUGGCGGCGGCAGUGGCGGUGGUGGUGGCUACGGCAACCCCUCUGGCCCUACCGGCCCUUCCUCGUGGUGGUAA